UAUCUAAUCAUGAUUAUGAUAUCGCGGGAUCGCAACUGUCCAUUCAUUUCAUUCGCGCACCCCCAGUGACAGCCCCAGCACAUAUACGCAUCCACGAGUACGGGUACACGCAUCCUGUCACGCACACUACACACACACAUACAUACAGACAUGUGCACACACAACUACUACCGAGGGCAUUCCGUGUGCGCCUUGACAAUCACGUGUGUGAGGGUCUCCUUCACGGCCGCCGGGCCCUCCAAAUGCCGAACGCUAUCUUCAAGAGACACCAGCUUCUGAUACUUCAACAUCUGCCCACCACACCCACAAGACCCACACACGUACUGCAUCCAUCCCCUCGUGUGUGUACACACCUGUAUUCUAUCAACAUUGUCAUAGAAGAGGUCUGUAAGGGUGUCGGGGAUCCUCAAGUCCACCGCACACGAGAGGCCGCCCGCUUUCGACGGCACCAGCCCAGCAUGGAUGGGAGACACCCACACCUGAGUGCCGUUCGGCAACGUGAACAGCGGCAAGUCGGCUGCUCUGUGCCACUCAGACACCUGCAUGCACAGAGCGGCCUCUUGUGUGUCUCAGGCCUUCCUCUCUCCCUGAUCUCCGUUUGCCUCACUGUAUAGUGUGUCGGGCUUUAUUCGCCUGACUGUGCAUUGCCACAGGCUGACUGGCGGCGGGAUAACGCGAUAAUGCUGGCCGUUGUCAGCCGUCUUGUCGACCACCUGACCCGUCAACAGACGCUCCUUCUCACCUGCACAGACGGGCACACUCCUCUCCUGUUGCCCGUCUCACUUGUGAGUGACUGACCAUCAGUGAAUGAGGGCACCAGGUCGGGCGUGACAAUGUCCUUGGGCCCUUGGAGCUGCAGCGUCGUCUUGGCAUCGCGGGGCGACACACGAAUCCAACAGUAGCUUCCAAUCGCCGCAUGGCGAGACACAGCAAGGCCCUUGAGGGGUUUUGUCAACAGCAGUGAGGCCAGCGUGACCUCCUGGUCCCAUGGUGCGACGAUAGAGAGGGCGUCGAAGAUUGCGGAUGAGGCGGAAUCAGAUGUCGCAUUGGCUCGGUUGUGCUCAGAGUCCACCCUGACCCUGCAAACGUAAUCUUGAAGUAACAGUCUGGUUCAUGGCUUGCUGGCUGUGUGGUUGCCUUGAUAAUUCGCCAUUGGCCUUCACUGCGGUGAAAGUGAGGUGCAGGAGGACGAGAAACCGUCGAUUCAUCAUCAAUUUCCGAUACGUCCCUGAGGAGGAGACGGAAAGAGAGACAGGAUC